AUGCAAAGGCCCUUGUGGCUCCUACUGAGCCGACCAACGUAUUGCCAGCUGGUUCGCUUCAUUUCUGUUUUUGACGGUCCAAGCAUAGAGUGUCCCGAGAUUCAUCACUUUACUCGGCGCAAAUUUCCCACUGUUUCAACUAUAAUCAACAAAACAAUGCCAAUUGAAAAUGCAUUAGUCCUUCGAAAGUGGCAGGAGAAAAUGCGCAAACAGCUGGGCGAUCGCGGCUUUAACGAAUACAUGUCUCGCGUGAAGGCCCUUGGACAAGAUGUACAUCAAGCAAUUUGCAACCUUUUGUUAAACGAGAAACGACUAGAGGAUAUUCCUAAGCCGAUUGAGGGUUAUAUACAUAGUUUGGAAGCCAUACUGAAGCGAGUUACGACGACGCAUUCCGUGGAGCAGGAAUGUUGCCAUCCAACUCUUGGUUACCGAGGUCGAUUUGAUAGCAUCAACAGUUUCGGAACCCAGAACGGCUCCCUCGUCUUGACGGAGUGGAAGACAGUACACGAGGGUAAACGCGUCACCAGCCUGGAAAAAGCCUACGACGCCCCUCUCCAGGUUGCUGCCUACACUGCUGCCUACAACGUCUCUCGCGUCCCAGAAAUGCCUGAGGUUCGGCAAGGCCUAAUAGCUUACGCCUACGCAGAUGGCUACCCUGCCGACGUGUUGAUCCUCGGUGAGGAACACUUGGAGCACUACUUCCAGCUCUGGCUCAAUCGAAUCGAGGUCUACAACGAAACCAUUCGCUCCGUCAACUAA